CGUCAUAUCUAGCGAGUUGAGAGUUGUGUUUUGCCUCUCAGUGUUUGUCAUCAAGUAGGACACUUUGGGACAAACCCUUUUUUUGUGUGUGCGUCUGUGUCGGAAUGGAGUUAACUGAAGCUUUCCUGACACUUCACUGGGGCUUGCCGCGUUUGCAUCACUUGUUGGCUCUACUUUGUCUUGUCGCCGUCGUCUAUAAACUCGCCACCUUGCUCGCCAAAAGAAGGGAUGUGUUCCGAAGCUAUGAGGAUUUCCCAGGACCACCGACACACUGGCUUUUUGGACAUGUUUUGGAGUUUAAACAGGAUGGGACAGACUUUGACACGUUAAUGGCAUGGACAAAACAGUACCCUUAUGCUUUCCCAUUGUGGUUUGGUCCCUUUUUUUGUGUCCUCAACAUCCACCAUCCAGAUUAUGUGAAAACCAUACUGGCAUCAACAGAGCCAAAAGAUGAUGUUUCAUAUCGUUUUAUUCUGUCUUGGAUUGGAGAAGGCUUAUUGGUGUCGAGCGGUCAGAAGUGGUUUCGACACAGAAGGCUCUUGACCCCAGGUUUCCAUUAUGACGUUUUGAAACCUUACGUAAAACUGAUGUCAGAUUCGACUAAAACUAUGUUGGACAAAUGGGGAAGUUAUGCAAACAGCAACGAGUCCUUUGAAUUGUUUCAACAUGUGAGCCUUAUGACUCUGGACAGCAUCUUGAAGUGUGCUUUCAGCUACAACAGCAACUGUCAGACUGAGAGUGGAACAAAUGUGUACAUCAAAGCAGUGUAUGAACUCAGUGAUCUGAUAAACCUGCGGUUGAGGACAUUUCCAUACCACAGUGACCUAAUUUUCUACCUCAGCCCACAUGGGUACAGAUACAGAAAGGCAAUCAAAGUGGCUCAGAGUCAUACAGAGGAAGUCAUAAAAAAGAGGAAAGAAGCACUGAAGGAAGAGAAGGAGCUGGACCGCAUACAAGCCAAGAAAAACUUGGACUUUCUGAACAUCCUUCUCUUAGCAAGAGAUGAGAAACAGCAGGGUCUGUCAGAUGAAGAUAUACGAGCAGAAGUGGACACCUUCAUGUUUGAGGGCCAUGACACCACAGCCAGUGGCAUCUCUUUCAUCCUCUACAGUCUGGCCUGCCACCCAGAACACCAGAAGAUUUGCAGGGAUGAGAUCAUGCAAGUCUUGGAUGGCAAGGACACCAUGGACUGGGAGGAUCUCAGUAAAAUUCCAUACACUACAAUGUGCAUAAAAGAAUCCCUUCGUAUUUACCCGCCUGUACCAGGAAUGUCCAGAAAAAUCACCAAACCUAUUACCUUUUGUGAUGGAAGGACUUUGCCGGAAGGUAGUUACAUUGGCACAAGUGUGUUUGGGAUUCACAGGAAUGGAAUUGUCUGGGAAAACCCUGAUGUCUUUGACCCACUGCGUUUCCUACCAGAGAAUGUUUCCAAGAGGUCACCUCAUGCAUUUGUGCCCUUCUCUGCUGGGCCAAGAAACUGCAUUGGUCAGAACUUUGCCAUGAAUGAGAUGAAAGUGGUGAUAGCCCUGACACUGAAGAAAUACCACCUGAUAGAGGACCCCAACUGGAAACCCAAGAUAAUUCCUAGACUGGUGCUUCGUUCACUCAAUGGGAUCCACAUCAAGAUUAAACCUGUAGACCCACAAGUGUAAAGGGAAAUAUGUGCAGGAAAUUAUGGAAACCUGGAAAAUACACUACAGAAAAUUUUAUAUUGAGUACUAAUUUCUAACACUUUACUAAGUUCACAAACAAAUCAUGAUGAAAUGAUGAACUGUGCAGUAUUUUGUAACAUUUAUUUAGUGACUGAUUACUUGCUGAAACAGAAGCUGCAUUUGUAUUCUACAAUCAUUUUCUCACAGUGGGGCAGGUUUAUAUGUGUAAAAGAAAUAGGACCUAUAUUGUGGUAAAAUCUGUUUUUAAUAACCUUUUUUAAUUUGUAAAGGCAUUAUCCAAUAUAACAUUGGUUCUCAGUUCUGAGCAUAUUCAUAAAGCCUGUUAACAUUG